CGUACAGUUUAAUGGCGCUCUUUCCGUAAAUAGCUUUGUUUCCAUACAUGCGAGGCUGCGAUCAAGAAUUUGUCGUGCGAGACUAUCCCUUCUUUUUCAUUUUUCUUCUCUACAUUCUUGUUAUGUUCAAAGGUAGGUUAAUCACGUUGUCGUCAAAGCCAUGGAAUCCGAAUCAGACAUAUUUUAUUCAUCAACGAAGCAAUCAGUAAUUGAGUCCUUUGGUGGUUUUGCUGCGCCUUCUGUCAUCACAGUUCAUCCUCCAGAACAACCCAGGAAUAAAGGUUCAAGACCUAGGAUCAAGUCUUCCAAAGAGGUUUCUAUUCAAGAAUCAAAACGUCCCAAAAGACUUCGUCGUUCGUGCGUUGAGAUGAGCCAUCGUGAUAGCUGGAAUUGUCCCUUGAAUACAAAGGAUUGUUUAAGAUCACGUCUUUUAGUCAUUAAUGUAUUUUCUUUGUUUUUAC